AUGGAGGCAGCAGCAGCUGUAAUCGGACUUAUUCACCCAACCUGUAAGGCUGCCUUGAAGAUACAUGAGAUCAUUAAAUCGGUCAAACAUUCGCAAAGCAACUUAUCGCGACUUCAAACGAGAAUCGAGGCCCUUUCCAGCUGUUUGACGCUGCUUGGCGAUGAAUGCAAAGAGAGAAGGAGGGCCCACCUCUUGAAAUCGGAAGACGAGCAUUUCACAUGCAUCAGAAACAUCAUAGAAAACUGCCGGACUUCACUUGAAACUCUCGCCGAUCGACUGAAUAAGAUUGAAAGCAAACCGUCAGGCUUUUCUCGCAACCUGCGGAUGGCAUGGGACCUGGCAUUUAGUCGAGACGAUGUUCAACAAGCGUCGGAAGAAAUUAGUCACUACACUUCCGUGUUGAACCUAAGUCUUUCUACCCUGUCACUUGCACAAACAUUGGAGGCGAAGCAACCGCAUACCGAGAUAAUAGGGAGGGUGCAAUAUGUUGCGCGCAGACUCCGUGUCGAAGUCGAAGUCUCUCAGUGUGAUACCUCACUACCUGGCCCUGGUUAUGUAGCCAUUGGAGGUCAAGAAAUCAAUAAUCCGAUUUUCGCAAGGACUAUUCAACAAUGGAAUAGGUCAGCAGUCAGUUUAGCGGAGGAGGUUCUCCUCGAAGGGAAUCAGGACCUGAGGAUCUCCAGACCUAGAGUACAUGGCAGUAUUCCCAGAGGUUCCAUCUCUAGUGAGCGCUCAGAGCCUCAUGAGCAGGAGCCUCCUUUCAAUCCUCAACUGCAGCUCUACAAAUAUAAGAGGACCGUCGAGAUUGUAGAGCUAUUGCGAGUUGGCGAAUUGUUCGAAAAUGCCACUCAACAUCUCCAAGACGCGGUGAGCAUACGCAAGCUGCUGGCAGAGGCAGGGAAGAAGGAGUUCAAUGAAUUAGAACAGCAGGAUCUGGAUGAACAACUCGCAGAUCUCAACAUCAUGUGUGAGACUGAAGUAGGAACCGCAAAGGCAAGAAAAAUUCUGGAGGCCUUGAACCAUCAAUGCGACAUGCAACAACCAAUUGAUCUAGGCCGAUCGUCCAGGCUACAUCAUAAACUUGGGAAGCUACUAUUCGAUGGCCGAUAUUUGCUUGGGGCUUGCCGACAUCUUCAGACUGCUAUAGAGCUUCGACUACAGGAAGAUUCUAGGGACAGGGAGAGAAUUAUGGAAACUUACGAACUUCUGCGUCAUGUGCAAGGACUUCGUGGUAGCCACGCCGAAUUCCUGGCUACAAAAGACUGGGUUGAAGAGGAAAUUGGACCUGUCGAAGACUCGCCUCACAAUGAGUUUGAUGCAGCCUUGUUUUGGGCUCACAAGAAAGGUUUCCACGAAGCUGCAUUGGAUGACAUGAACUUACCCAAGUUUGAUGUUUGUGAUUCCCAAAAGCGACCACUUUUAUUCGCCGCCAUCGCAGACGGCGAUAUGGAAGUCGGGGUCCUCGAACAAAUUAUUCAGUACUAUCAGAAUCUCGAACUUACCGACAGCAACGGAGAGACACCCCUAAUGGCGGCGGUGACGGCUGGCCACGUGUCGGCGGUGCGUCUUUUACUAGAAAGUGGUGCUGAUUCAGACUUCAAAGAUAAGCACGGCCGUCACAUCCUUUACAAAUGCCAGACAGAAGAAGUGGCCGAGGAAAUCUUCACAGCAACUUCUAAUCGGAGACUCAGCGUCGCGGCGGAGGCUAGCAGACUCCGGCGUGCUUCAACGGCCCGCUUGGACAUAUCACCUGUUCAAAGUAGAGCCAGUGAUACAUCUCCCUCGUCGAUAGAUAUCAACUCUCGAGACUUUUAUGGUAAAACGGCGCUUUACCAUGCAUGCGAAAAGGGGAACAAGGAUGUUGUAUCGGUUCUUCUCCAAUCCUUCAAGGCAGAUACCGAGAUCUGUGGUCCAAGAAAGUGUACGCCACUCAUGGCUGCAAUCCAAGCACAGUUCAACGUUAGAAACGGAGGAACGCCUGGGAGUCAAGCUGCCUUUAUCAAGAAGAAGGUCGAUAUUAUUCGAAUGCUGGUAGCACAUGGUGCUGAUCGGAAGGUUCCAUCUUCCACGCUUCGAAGUGCUGGUGUGGCACAUUCGGAGAUAAAGAAGAUCUUGGAGAGUAAGGUGGGACCGCAGGGGAGUACGAAUACUCUUUCUAGUAUAGCAGCGUCUGCAAUUAGUGGCGUUGUUGAAGAAGGGUGGCAGAUGGUAGCGAGAAAUGAUGCGAGGCACACGGGCUAG